UCCAGCAUCUUCUCUUCCCUCUUGGACCAGUGGGUACAGACAAGAUGAAGUGGCUGAUUUUGGUGGCUCUUUUUGGGCUGAGUGCAGCUUAUCACAACCCUCACAUGAAGCAUGGACGCACCUCCAUUGUGCACCUGUUCGAGUGGAGGUGGGCCGACAUCGCGGCAGAGUGUGAGCGCUACCUCGGGCCCAAUGGCUUCGGAGGUGUUCAGAUCUCCCCUCCCAAUGAGCACAUCAUCAUCAACAACCCCUGGAGGCCCUGGUGGCAGCGUUAUCAGCCAAUCGGAUACAACCUCUGCUCCCGAUCAGGAAAUGAGCAUGAGCUCCGCGACAUGAUCACCAGAUGCAACAACGUCGGGGUGAACAUCUAUGUGGAUGCUGUGAUCAACCACAUGUGCGGUGCUGGAGGUGGAGAGGGCACCCACUCCUCCUGCGGCAGCUGGUUCAGUGCCAACAGAAAGGACUUCCCCUCCAUCCCCUUCACUGGCUGGGACUUCAAUGACCACAAGUGCAGGACUGGCAGCGGCAACAUUGAGAACUAUGGAGAUGCCAAUCAGGUCCGUGACUGCCGUCUGGUGGGUCUGCUGGAUCUUGCUCUGGAGAAGGACUACGUCAGGGGUAAAGUGGCGGACUUCAUGAAUAAGCUGAUUGACAUGGGCGUGGCUGGGUUCAGAGUGGAUGCCUGUAAACACAUGUGGCCCGGAGACCUGCAGAAUAUCUACGGACGCCUCCACAACCUCAACACCAAGUGGUUCUCUGGUGGAUCCAGACCUUUCAUCUACCAGGAGGUCAUUGAUCUGGGAGGCGAGCCUAUCACCUCCAGGGAGUACUUCCACCUGGGACGCAUCACUGAGUUCAAAUAUGGCGCCAGACUGGGAACUUUGUUUAGGAAGUGGAAUGGAGAGAAACUCAGCUACACCAAGAACUGGGGAGAGGGCUGGGGUUUCAUGCCCAAUGGAAACGCCUUGGUGUUCGUGGAUAACCAUGACAAUCAGAGAGGUCACGGAGCGGGUGGAGCGUCCAUCGUCACUUUCUGGGAUUCCAGACUGUACAAGAUGGCCGUCGGGUACAUGCUGGCCCACCCCUACGGAGUCACCAGAGUCAUGUCCAGCUUCAGAUGGGACCGUCACUUUGUCAAUGGAAAAGAUCAGAAUGACUGGAUGGGACCUCCCAGCCAUGGAGAUGGAUCUACCAAAUCUGUUCCCAUCAACGCUGACCAGACCUGUGGAGACGGCUGGGUGUGUGAGCACAGAUGGAGGCAGAUCAAGAACAUGGUGAAGUUCCGUAAUGUGGUGAAUGGACAGCCUCACUCAAACUGGUGGGACAACCAGAGCAACCAGGUCGCCUUUGGACGUGGCAACCGCGGAUUCAUCGUCUUCAACAAUGACGACUGGAACCUUGACAUGACCCUGAACACUGGCAUGCCCGGAGGAACAUACUGUGACGUGAUCUCAGGUCAGAAGGAGAACGGCAGGUGCACAGGCAAACAGAUCCAUGUGGGAGGAGACGGUCGCGCCCACUUCAAAAUCAGCAACCGCGACGAGGAUCCAUUUGUGGCCAUUCAUGCCGAGUCCAAGUUGUGA